AAACCCCCAAAAUUCCCCGCUCAACUCUCCCUUUUCUUCAGCACGCUGGCUGAAUUCGUCCAAUCCAACGUACGUAGCAGCAAAUCGGCUUGGUCUGAUGUUUUUAGAAGAGAACUGAGCGUGGCUGAGAUCUGAAAACUGAAAGCGUGGUUUUGCUCCUUUUUUCCUUCUGUAUUUCGCAAAAAGAAAAGAGGGAUUGGGCAGGUUUUGGUCUUGAUUAGCUCCAGGUUAUUGUCUAAAUUGUUGUUUUUGGUUUAAUUUUUUCAAGAAUCUACGCUGCUGCUUACACGCGGGGUGAGAUUUGUGAAACAGAUCAUCGGUUUUGAUCUGUCUGAUGCUUCGUGUUAGUUCUUACUUAGGCAUCGGGCGGAUCCGUGUAUGUUACCACUCAUGAACAUAUAUGAUUCAAGACACGUAACGACACGAUCGUCCGUAAGGUUUAUUGCUGAUUAUUUGCGGUGCUAUCCACCUUAUCUUCACGAGCCUUAGAGCAUGCAGAGGUAGAUGCAUGUGUCAUCUCUUGUAGUUGUAGUACGUAUUGAUCUAUAUUGUCUCACCCAAAACUAUUAACUCAUACUUACAUAACUGUAUAAUGGUAGAGCUAGUUGUUAAUUCCUCAUCCAUCAGUGUCACAGAAAAACGAUAGUUAUCAUCACGUUCUCAAAUAAAAAGGAGAUAGUUAUCAUCACCUAUGUAUGUUCAAUUGUUCAGAGUCUCGCACUAGAGCCAAGUUCAGAAAUGAAAAUGUGGCAGGACAAAAAAGGUGCCAGACCUACACCAGUGGCGCAUUUCUUGAGGAUGAUAACAUAUUUUAGCCAAGCCCCUGGUCAUUCAAGGCACACGAGGAAACAUGUAUUCAAAGUUUCUAGACAACAAAAUUGGAGAUAACGCUAACGUUGAAGCAAUUCAACAUAUGACUUCAAAAUUUCAGUAUAAACAGGAGAGUCUAUAAGAUCAUUCAUGUUAUUUCUUCACACCCUGUGAAUUCAACUCAAACCCCCUUCCGCCCGUGAGACGAGUCUAGCAAAACUCCGGUAAACAUAACAUUGCUAUUUGAACUUUUAGCGACAUAUGUUUCCGUAGUACAAUGUCAACUGACCUGCUGUGAAGCUAAUAAGUUUUUCUAUUGAAAAUGCAACACAAAUCCUGUUCUGGUUGACACACAGAUCUGGCAAAAGGAAGCUAAGCCGGUGUCAAGCUGAACAUGGCAAGCUGUUUCCCCUGCUUGAGCGCGAGGAAGAAGGAGGUCCCACGUUCUGCCCCGGCCAAUGCACACACCAGCAGCAUCCCUGGCGCCGUGGCACGAACUUUCUCCUUCAAGGAGCUCGCGGCGGCGACAAGAAACUUCAGCGAUGCCUGCCGCAUCGUUGGUCGGGAGGAUGGUCUUUAUAAAGGCUUCCUCAAGAGCAUCAAUCAGGUCGUUGCUAUAAAACUGCAGCAUGCUGUUGAUCCAGGUGGAUCAGCGGAGCAAGAUAAUACAGAGUUUCUUGCCCUUGCGCUGAUGAUGAGCGGGCUGCGCCACCCAAAUCUUGUCAAUCUUAUUGGCUUUUGUGCGGAUGGCCGUCACCGGAUCUUGGUUCACGAGUACAUGCCAUUCGGUUCUCUGGAAGAUCACCUCCACGGUUCAUCUCCAGGCAAAGCACCGCUGGACUGGAACACGAGGAUGAACAUUGCCGCCGGUGUGGUCAGAGGGUUGGAGUAUAUGCACGACAAAGGUGUCCUCUACCGAUGCGUCAAAAGUUCGAACAUCUUGCUCGGAGACGGCUACCGCCCAAAGCUGUCCCAAUAUGGACUGGCGGAGCAUGACCAGCUGUCUGCAGUGGCUGCUAUCACCCGCGGGACAUGGGGUACUAUGGCCCCCGAGACCGUGAUGACCGGGAAGCUGUUUCCGGGGUCGAGUGUUUAUGGCUUCGGCGUCGUGCUGCUGGAGAUGAUCACCGGGCGGAGGGCCACCGAUCCCCCCCAUGAUGUCGAGGAUCGGCACCUUGUCACAUGGGCCCGAACAAUGCUGAAGGACAGGAGCCAGUUCCGCCGGAUGGCAGACCCGGCGCUGCAGGGGCGAUAUCCGUCCUUGGACUUGCAGGAGGCCCUCGAAGUUGCUUCGGUGUGCAUCCCACAAAGAUCAUGCCAUGAGAGCGCCCAUCGGCACCGUCGUCACGGCUCUGUCUCGCCUCGCCUACGAUUUUGAUCCACCCGAAUCAUCACACCACGCGGCGCCUAAUUAACUUAGGAGGCAAAAGGUGUCGUGUCAUCCAGAUGCGUCGAUCAUGAAUUCAUGAUCAAGUUGCUUGAUAUGCUAUGAACUGUGACCGGCAACAAGUUGCGUCUGUGAUCGUUGCUUGUUCUAGAAUAACUAAUGCUUGGCCUGCAUGAUUAAGAAUGUUCAAAACACACUCCUGUGUAACUGGCAGAGGUUAAUUGUCCAGUAGUGGUGGAUUUGGAAAUUGUGUUGGCCCCAGAGGUGGAGCGAAGUCAAGAUAUGAGCAAGAACCAGGAUUAGGCAAAUUAGCAGACGCAUCAUCAAGGCCCAUAUUACUAUGGAAAACAUAAACAAUUAGUUAGGCAAUCAUUUAUAUUACUAUGGGUGCACCAUUGACUAUCCUCAAAACAAACAAUAUCAAGUGAAUAUCCUCUU